AGGUUUGGAACCGAGGCACAUUUGAAAUCAAACAGGCUGCGUUUAAACGACGUGUUCUCUCAGCUACUAAUUGCGCUUUGUGGAUUUAGCUCUUUUGCUAGUUUUCCCUCUCUAUAACACAAAUUACAAAGGCUGUUAUUUUAUUUUGUUAGUAAAGCUUAUCGUAUUUUAGCGUUCUUUUACGUGUUCCUUGUUUAUGUAGCUCAAACAGAAGCUACCGUUAGCUGGUCGAUGUAGCUGCUAAGUAGCCUGGGUAGGGUUACCUGGUUUAAAGUUAUUUUUAUUCCGCACAACAACCUGUUGUGGUUGCUUUCGGAGACUGUGCAAUAAUACAUUUAGCUCAUGGAGUCUUCCGCCUCGUUCAAAGUGGUAAAGUGCAUGAAACCCCAAAGGCCAGAAUUAAUGUCAAACGGCAAUGGGCCGAAGCGGGUUCCUGUGUCUCACCAUUCACAAGCCAUUCAAAAGUCCGUAGUCACACCAACUCAGCAUCAGCGGGUUCUGGGCAUGUCGAAUGGGCCACAGCGUAUCCAGCGGUCCGUUAGCCAGCAGAACCCAGUACCUCAUGUCUCUGUAGCUGUCAAGCACCCUCCUUCUGCUGACCAGAAUGUAAACCCAGCCACUCUGAAACUAACUCCAGCACCACAGCCAAAACCCGUUUCCCAGCAUAACCAGUCAAAGACGCAUGUGCCAGCUGGCCACUCGGACUCGACCAAGCCUCCGUCGGAACCAGCAAAGCAGGAGAAGCCGCAGAACAAACCUGCCAAGGACAGUCAGGCCUCGUCAUCAAAGAAACCGUGGAGCCUGGAAAAUUUUGAGAUUGGCCGUCCUUUGGGAAAGGGCAAGUUUGGCAACGUCUACCUGGCUAGAGAGCGCCAGACCAAAUUCAUCUUGGCCCUGAAGGUUCUCUUCAAGAAGCAGCUGGAGAAGGCGGGGGUAGAGCACCAGCUGAGGAGAGAAGUCGAGAUCCAGUCUCAUCUAAGACAUCCCAACAUCCUUCGCCUCUAUGGCUAUUUCCACGAUGCUUUUCGUGUGUAUCUCAUCCUGGAAUAUGCACCCAGAGGAGAGCUGUAUGGCGAGCUGCAGCGCUGUGGGAGUUUCUCUGAGGACAGAUCUGCAACAUACAUCAUGGAACUGGCAGAUGCGCUCCACUACUGUCAUACCAAGAAUGUGAUUCACAGAGACAUCAAACCAGAGAACCUGUUGCUAGGAAGUAAUGGGGAGCUGAAGAUUGCUGAUUUUGGUUGGUCUGUUCACACUCCAUCUUCCAGGAGGUCCACCCUGUGUGGAACUCUAGACUACCUUCCCCCAGAGAUGAUUGAGGGCAAAACUCACGAUGAGAAGGUGGACCUGUGGAGUCUGGGGGUCCUAUGCUAUGAGUUUCUUGUUGGAAAACCUCCAUUUGAAGCAAAAACUCACGAUGAAACCUACCGUAAGAUUUCAAGGGUGGAAUACAAUUACCCUCCACGUGGGUCCAUUAGUGCCGGCGCUAAAGACUUGGUGGCUAAGUUGCUGAAGCACAAUCCCAUGCAGAGGUUGCCCAUUGAGGGAGUCCUCUCCCACCCCUGGGUGCACCACUGCUCCACCAAGAAGCCCACUACUUUGAACAGUGAAGCGUCCAGUGAGUGACUGCACUCCCAACAGCUGGCUGUGCCUACACAGUUCUGCAGAACAUCAACAUGCAGCUGAUUUUUCACAGUCCGCUUCUUCUGCUUCGACUCAAAAGAUUUUCACAAUGAGGAUUUUUUUUUUGUCUGCAGAUACUUGAGCCACUUUGUCACCCUUUAUCCUGAGUUUCUUCUCAAUGGCAUUGUUUUGCCUGUAAAUAUUUCACUGUUUUUAGUAAUUAUGAAAAAUUUCUCAAGCUUUUGGGAGAUGUUGUUACUUGAAAUGGGAAUACAUUUUCUCCUAUCCAAUUUACAUGUAGAAGUGGAAACAUUUUGUUAAUCAAUGAGAUGUUGGUUGCAGGCCUUGUAGUCUCCAGGACUUGCACUUGCUGAUCAAAUUCAAGUAUAGUUGUAACCAGAAGCACCCAGCAGAGGGCGCCAGACAACCACUGAAACUCGGUUUGUUUCUCAUUUUAAAUACCAUAUUGAAUUGUAAUUGUGUUUGUACAAGUUGGUUUAUUUUUUAAGAUAAAAUUGGCAGAAGCCUUUUUCAUGUUUUCAAAAUGGAAAUAAAAACAAAUCUACAUAAUGAAA